AGACGACAGGCAACACGUCGGAGAUCAGUUUGGCAAAGUAAAAUGUGAUCAUUUCGAUCAAGAGGAUUACCUACCGACCAAGGAGGGACAAUCUAAACUUUUCCUGAAGAGAAAUGCUAUUCCCAAGGGGAUACCUGAUGCAGACCGAGUGGAGGGAGCUGAUGGUGGUGACACAACUAAGGAAUCAGACUUUGCUACAGUCCCACAUUCCACCCCUACAAAGAUGGAUGAAAGAGGAGAUGAGCCCACAAAAACCGGACAGAGGCUUCUUCUUACAAAUCCACAACAGACGAUGCCUCAUAGGAAGCCAUCUUCAUCUGGCUCAUACUUAGCACUGCCUCCAAUUCGGGCACAACCAGUGGACUUGACUGCUCCAACUAAGAAUACAUGGACUGUCCAAACUACAUCCAAUGUAGAUGUCCCACAGACUCAACAUGAAGAUGCAUCAGAAUCAGAAGCAGAAAUGAGCGAACUGAGCAUGAACUUUGGGGAAAUGGACAUAGUGGAUCCCAAGGACAGCAGUUAUGUCACUCCUAGCACCAGCUCAUCCUCCACCACUGGAUCAGCCACAACAAGCUCACAGGGAGAUGGGCCAACUGGAUGGGCUGCGAAAAAGUGGCUUGUAAAUGAAUCCAAACUGAUGGAACUUUUUCAAAGAUGUAACCAAUGUGGGUGCGUUAUUUCUGAGAAAAACGUCACAUCAAGAGGCAGCCAAAUAAAAAUUGACUGGUCGUGUCUAAAUGGCCACUCGGACAAGUGGGCCUCAUGUCCUGAUGUCAGAGGGAUGGCGGAAAACAACUUGCUCUUCUGCACAGCAACAAUAUUUACUGGAGCAACAUACACUAGCAUAGCUGAGUGGGUGGAACUAAUGAACGUGGAAAUUCCCAAACCAACACAAUUUUACUCUAUUCAAUCCACAUACCUCAUACCUGUUAUACAGUAUGCAUACAAAGAUCAACAGGACAAAAUCUUAGAGCGCCUCCGUGGAAUUGGAAAGUGUGGAGAGUGUGGAUUUAUGUGGUGAUGCCAGAUGUGAUAGUCCUGGUAGGUAUUUCACUUAUUACUCUAAAUGCAAAUGCUCGAUUAUUGUUGUUUCACUGUGACAAAUUAUACACUUUGUGUUUUUCCACAGGUUUCAGUAGUAAGUAUUC